AUGUUGGCAGCUUCCAGAUUCACCCGCCGAGUCAUGACGUCCGCAUACGCCAAUGGCUCUGCUAAGGCGGCCUACUCGACAUCCUCUGCGACGACUACUGCAUUGAGCAGAUGGAGCAUCGCGACGGCACAGCUGCCUGCCGUCGAUAAGAUCAAGGCUCUGCACAUCUACGACUUUGACAACACACUCUUCAAAACUCCCUUGCCGAACCCCGCAUUAUGGAGCGGCCCUACGAUCGGCGUGCUGUCAAGUCAAGACGUCAUCUGCAACGGCGGCUGGUGGCACGACUCCCGAAUCCUCUCAGCGACGGGUGAGGGCGCCGACACGGAAGAGAAGCGCGCGUGGGAAGGCUGGUGGAAUGAAAAGAUUGUCGAGCUGGUGAAGCUGAGCGUCAAGCAAAAGGACGCUCUGUGCGUGCUGCUGACGGGCCGCUCCGAGCGAGGCUUCGGGGAGCUCAUCAAGAGGAUGAUUCACAGUAAGGGACUCGAAUUCGACAUGGUCGGGCUCAAACCUGCAGUCAGCCCAACGAACCAGAACUUUUCAAGCACGAUGCACUUUAAGCAGCUCUUUCUCACCGCGGUCAUGGAGACGUACAAGAACGCCGAAGAGAUUCGCAUCUACGAGGACCGUCCGAAACACGUCAAGGGAUUCAGAGAUUUCAUGACAGAGUAUAACCGCAAGCAGAACAUCAAUGCUACUCGCACACGCGGCCCCAUCACGGCGGAGGUCGUUCAAGUCGCGGACAUGUCAACGACCCUGGACCCCGUGGUUGAGGUUGCUGAGGUGCAGCAUAUGAUCAACCUUCACAACGAGGAGAUUGGCAAACACUCGACUGACGUUCGCCCGCAACGACUGAGGAUCAAGAAGACUGUCUAUUUCACAGGCUAUUUGAUCAGCAAGGAAGACACGGCGCAAUUGAUGAAGAUGGCCCAGAUCCCCUCCGGACUGCCCGAGCAGGAGCUCAAGUUCCACGCCAACAAUAUUCUCAUCUGCCCUCGUCCUUGCCCGGCCAGCAUCCUGGAAAAGGUUGGAGGUAUGGGCAGCAAGAUGAAGUGGGAGGUCACAGGCACAGCGUGCUUUGAAAAUAGCAUCUGGGCAGCGAGCCUCCGACCCGUUCCCGCCACCGCGAAGUUCCACACGGAUAACCCGUCGCCUCUCGUUGUGCUCGCCCUCCGCAAGGGUGCCCGCCCCGUAGAUGCCGGCAAGAUCCAGAACUGGCAACCGAUUCCCGCCGAUAAGGCAAUGACCUUCGAGACAACAGUUGGAGAGAAGAUGAUCCUGCGCAUCGAGCCAGAGGACCCCCGCGAAGACGAGUAUGAAUCGCUCUUCGCCAACAAGUCUUCUAAGCGGAAACAUGAUGGCGGCGACUACUCACGCGACCACCACCGACACAACCCCUAUAACGGCCGCAAUGAGCGCCGCGAUUUCCAUUCUGGGCGAGGAGGCAGUGGCCGUGGUGGUGGUGGUGGUGGUGGUGGUGGUGGUGGUGGCUUCCGCGGCGGUGGAGGAAGAGGUGGCAGAGGCCGCGGCAAUGGUAAGGGCGGCCGUGGCGGACGUGGCAUGCACGGCUACCGCUCCCUCGACGACGUCGAGCCCCGCAACCAGCAGGGAGGGUACGGACAGACUGUCGAGUAUGACGACAACAGCUAUCCGUCCCUCCCAGGGCAGCAGCAAGGCGGCUUCCACGGGGGUCAACAGCAACAGUACCAACCUCCGCUUAGCGCGUGGAACUCGGGUCCUCCGCCGAACGCCCCCACGGGCCCAGCUAGUCGUCCCAUGGGCGGCGGCGGCGGUGGCGGUAACUACGGAGGUGGUGGAAACGCUGGCAACAGCAACGAUCUCCAGAGCUAUUACUAG